GGCCAACCGAGUGGCCGCAGCGCAGGAAGCUCCCGCCUGGCAGCCGCGGAACCCCUCACAAGUGGACUCGUCAAUCGCAGAUACGCGCGCCCGGCCGCCAGGCGUCCCAGUCCCGCACGAAGCGCAUCCACCUGCAGCCCAGCGGCGCCCUGCUUCGUCGGCUGGCUGCUGCUCGUCCUUCCGCGGUGCUGCGGGAGUCGUGGACACGCAAGCAGGCACCAGAGCAGUGCAGUCUUACUGAACUUUGCAGCUCCUUGUAUCCCGCUCCCGCUGUUGGCCCUUGGCCCUUGAGCCCGCAGCCCACUCGACCGCCGCCUUACAAGCGAUACUGUGCCGGCUCCAAGGGCUCGCAAGAACUCUCACCACGGCAGGGGUCUGUGAGCCUACUGCAGCCCAUGCACAGGGGUUGGUCCCGUCCAACCACCUUGGCCCCUCUGCCUGGAGCUGCUGCUGCUUGUCGAGCCUCUUUAACCCCAGAGCCGCCCACCCGUCUCCAAUCCUCCUGGCUGUGCACCCGCGGCCGCUUGGAUUCUUCAGCCCGCUUCUGUUCCGGAAGCCCGCUGGUAAGCCAGGCCCGUGUUGGCGACCUCAUCUGACGCGCUUGUCUGGCCUCACACAGCGAGACCGGGCAUAAACCUGCGCUCCGCCAUCCAUCCUACAGACCCAUCGUGCUGGAGCAUCGCGACCUACCGGAAUUUCAAACCUUACACAGCGCGCGGUGGGGUUUACGAGGCGUUCUUUCUUCGAUCUCGGCGCGACAGCUUGUCGAAGAGAGCCCAACGCCCCGAUCGACUCUCGCCGACUAUCUCGUCGCGAACCGCGAUAUAACCUGGCGCCGACCCCGCCAUGGCGCUCGAGGCCCCUUUGCGGUCAUCGACGGGACAUUUGCACUUUCCGUUCGCCAGAGAGGGAGAGAUGUCUGCAUCGCCAGAGACCGACGGGCUUCGCUCUCCUAUGAGAGUCGUGUCAUCCCCGCCCGCCAGCACGGACGCGUCAAUGUUGCGACCAAGCUCAGCUCAAAGGGUUUCAUCCCACCCCAUAAAUAUCCUCAGCCCGAGUGACAUCGUAGGCCCCUCACCAGUGACGUCGAAUGGCACAGAGACCACCGAAAUCGAGGACGAUGUGUCGGAAGAAGUGGAACAGGCGCAUACAACAGAUCUAGACGCUGUCCGUCGCUCAGAGCUUCUCAUGCUCAGCACGAACCUACCAGAGCAUCUGCGCCAACCCAAUAGCGAGGAGGCAGUGUCUGUCAUCCACGCCCCUGAGAGCUUUGCAAGCUGGACAUCAACAGAACCUACCGCCCAGGCUAGCCAGCCAAGCGAGCGAUCCUUAUCCAGAGACCAUGACAACGACCCAGCAUCCCUCAAGAACGAACAUCGCAAGUCCCAACCGCCUCCUACCCGACCGCCGAUCUCGACCGACGUCAAACCUGUACGGCACAGCAUUGACAGCGCCGCCACUCCGAGGGCCCAGGAUCUGCAGGAUAUGCUGAGCGACAGCAGCCGGCUACGAUCAAGUAGUACAAGCAGCCUAGAGAAGAUUGAUGAACAAACGGAAGCAGAGGGGGACGAGUACGAAGAUGACGAUUAUCCUGGCAUUCCGGACAUCAUUCCCGUCGAUGACGAAAUCACGGCUUUAAGAACCGCGCUCCAAGAGUGUUGGACUCUCUGCAACACCCUGGCUACUUUGAGCUCUAUUCACCGAGCCAGAGUCUUCAACAAUUCAGGAACACCAGAUGCCCACGAGAAAGCCUGGAAAUCAUGCUGGAAGCUAUGCCAGCGUCUAUAUGAGAACCAGGAUGUGGAUUCCGCUUCCCUAAAUGUCCGCAUGAAUCUUGAUAUGUGUCGAGAUUUCUGUCAGGCCUUGUUCGACAUCCGCCAGCGCAAGGAUGAGACGGCAGAUUCCGUUCUGCGAGUCAGCUUCGAGCUGAACAAUCAUUUGUAUAGUGCUCAGGAUAGCCGCAAUCUCCCAGAGGCAUUCAGGGAACGGACCCUGGACUUUUAUAUCACGCUUUGCCAUCGCCUCAUGAAACAGCGCAGCGAGCUUGCCGAAGAGACUGACCACCUCCUGAGUGCCUGCUGGAGCCUGGCAGAGAUGCUUUUUAGUCUUCGGCAAAAUAGAAGAGACGGCAGGCCACCCGACGAAGAGCUUCUCGGUUCAGCUGUUCAGGCAUGCUGGGAUCUUUGCGACAUAUUCAGAGAUGGCUGGACACAGAUACGCCCGGACCGAAACACGCCGCGGCCCAGCCAGACCAGCUUCUUUCCCACCCAGCCGAGCGACCAGACUGGACGCGAGAGCAGGCAGUCAAACCGUUCGUCUUUGCACUCCAAGCGAGAGAGCGUAAAGAGCACCCACCAAGAGGAGCGCCCAAGGAAACCGCCACCCGUGCCAGAGACGCCAGUCACUGAAUUCGAAGACACGCCCGUCUCGCCGGAGAGCCGAUCACCACAGAUGCCGAACAUCAUGGUGCUUGGUACCACGAGUGACAAUGGUCGUGGCGGCAGAUGGUCGAGCAACGCGUCCAACAUGUCUAGCUACUCGCGAAGCAGCAACCGCACAUCGAGUACUGCCACCACGACAACGGCGACCGAAGACCCCAAUAUAUCUCGGUGCAAGAUCUUGGUCCUUCGCGCAGCGAUGAAUCUUGGGUUCGAUCGAGAGGCCAUCACGGACCCCAAGGCUGGCGCUGCCGCGCUGCAAAAGUACGUCCAAGGACUUCCGACCGGCUCUUUCGGCUCAUUGCCCGGUCAAACCACCCUUCUUCAGCAAUACAAGAAUGCGGUUCUCACGGACUCCUUUAUCCCUCGCAACCAAGCACUCCCUGUCCGGGGCAAGCGAGUCAUUGCACAGGACAUGGCCAAGAGCGUUCAAGCCAUGUGCAACAGCUCGCCGCGAUAUGGAUACUUGCGAGAGCUAUUCAAGUUUGUCUUUCAGUUCUCUGUCGACGAAGCCGAGGCACGAAGAAACGUCAGCAGCAUCGUGGUCUAAAGGUAAUUUGUGCAUUCUUUAUGAUAGCUCCAUGCAGUCCAUCCAAUAAGCGGAUGGGGUGAAGGUAGCGGAGGAGUAUGUGAUACUGGAGAAUUACAACUUGGUGGGAGCGGUGGUCUACUCGUUAUUUUCAGGCACUAGAUACCCUAUCCAUUUACGUAUUCACGACACAAUACGAGUCCACUGGAUGAAUGAACAGACCUUUGUACGUAGGGAAGCAAGCAGGAGUAAGGCCACAAUCGAUCAUGUCAGAUCGCCGAGGAUGCCAUCCAAU